CACCGGCUCUGCAGGCUGCCUGCUGUACCAGGGAGCCUGGGUCUCCUAUCCUACUGCGGGGUAGCCCUGCUUGUACCGAGCAGCCCCGGGCCACCAGUGCCAGCUCUUCUGCCAGGCAGCACCAGUGAGCCCCUGCUCCCUUGGAGACCCCCCCGGACCUCUCUGACGCUGGCACGCAGGAGCACGCUGCAGCCUGCUUCACCCACCUCCCCAGCAUGCGGACACCGGCGGCGAUGAUCGUGGGGCUGGUGCUGUGCCCCUGCGGGCUUCUGCUGACGCUCACAGGCACACUGGCACCCAACUGGAGGCAGGUGAGCCUCAUACCUGACCAGCCCAUUGAUCUCAUCUUGGAGCAGGGCAUCUGGGACAUGUGCCGAGAGCGGCAGAGCAGCCAUGACCGCUACUGUGGGCAGGCUGAUGAGCUGGGCUACUUUGAGCAGGUGCCUGUGCGGGUUGCCCAAGGGAUGAUGCCCACCUCACUGGUGCUCACCCUCCUGGGCUUGGUGGUGGCUGCACUGGGGGUGCGCUGCUGGCAAAAGGAGCCACGGCACUUGCUGGCUGGCGUGGCGGGGAUCAUGCUGCUCCUCUCAGGGCUGCUGAGCCUUGUGCCUGCCUCCUGGUAUACCCAAGAGCUUUGGGCACUGCCCGCACCGGCUGGCAGUACGCUGGUUGUAGGCUACAGCCUGGUGCUGAGCUACCUGGGAAGUUGCCUGGAGAUCUUGGGAGGGCUGGCCCUCACCCUCAGUUUCCACCACUGCUGCAAGGAACGCAGAGCCCCCAGACUGCCCCCCAGCCCCGUGCUGGAGGCUGGGCCAUGCUCCACCAUAGAGGCUUACCGCAAUCCCUGGGAUGUGCUGGAGGACGAGCAAGACGGACAGCACUGGAAGAGCACCCUGCCUUGUGACUCUGACUUGUAGCCCAGCACAGGGACAGCAGUGGGCACCAGCCAGCCUGCCUGCCUGGCACCGAGAACAGCACUGGCUCCUGCCCCUCCAAGCCAUGUACUUCUCUUAGGGCACCACCUCAGAGCAGGCUGGAAACAAGACUAAGGACCUGGCUUGAAUCUCUGCAAGCUCCUCAAAAGCUUGCCAUGCUCCAGUUCCCACCACUGUGCCAAAGCCAUGCUGGGUUGAGGACCAGCCCUCCAGUCUCUCCACGCAGCUUUUAGCUCAUCCUCCUGCACCAUACAGCAACUUGGUCAAAGGCAGCUCUGGUGCUCCCAGGUGAGCAAGGUACAGGUUACCACUAUGUAGCCUUCAGGGCUGGGAAUAGGGGAGGGAAGCACCUCCCACAUAUCUCUGCUCAACUCAGGGCUGUGCAAAGAGCAAAAUAAACG